ACUUCGUUUCGCCGUGAUAUACGAUAGAUGAAAGUGACAAAACCUGUUUUGCCCGCAGACAACGUAUCCGUCAGGUGACAGUAUACCGGCUAUAUUUGUCACACGAGCUUCGCCUCUGUGUAACAGAAAACCCACGGAAGGUAACCCCAAUGUCUGUCUGCCUGAUGCCAGCAUGUGUGCGUGUUAAACUGGGUGUAGCAUCAUAACGCAUUGCUCUACACGAUAGACGGUAUAUGCAGACAGAAUGGGACACGGUAGCGUGGCCACCCGGCUGCUAUGGCUGGUGUCACAGACCUGGUACCUGCUGAUGAUUGCUCUGCGAGUGGCGUUCGUCUUAGUCAACAACCUGUACGUGGUCCCUGCACACUUUGUGUGGAUCCUGUGUCUGCAGCCCGUGCGAAUAGCCAGACCUGAACUAUUCUGGGAACUGGAGGGCACCAUGAUCAAGUGGAUGUCGGCACAGAUCGGCUGGUGGGGGUACAGUGCUGGAUAUAAAGUGUACGAGUGUGGAGAGGACAUCUCUCACACCUACAGAGACGAGGCUAUAGUGAUAGUGAACCACCAGUCCACGGCUGACGUGGCCACGCUCAUGGGAGCCCUGCAGCACAAGGGUCCGGUGGUCAAGCGCAUGAUGUGGAUCAUGGACUACAUCCUCCUCUACACGAACUUCGGACUGUGUUCAUGGGUGCAUGGCGACUUCUUUCUGCAGCAGGGGCAGAAGUAUCGCAAGACCAUGCUGGAGUCUCUGAAGGAUCAUCUCAACACCAGAUAUUUCAGCAGGAAUCAUCAGUGGAUCGUUCUGUUCCCAGAAGGGGGAUUUCUGCGGAAGAGACGAGAGAGGAGUCAGAAGUACGCAAGGAAGAACAACCUCCCUUUCCUACAGCACGUGGUUCUCCCCAGAACAGGAGCGAUGAAGACCAUACUGGACAGUGUAGGGCCACCUCUCACCCCCACACACGGGGCACAACACAUCAAUGGUACUGUGCAUACAAAGGGUCAUGUGAAGUGGAUUGUAGACAUCACCAUUGGCUAUGAGCACGGCAAGCCGCUGGAUAUACAGACCCUAACGUCAGGAUGGAGGGCGCCAUAUCCCACUACACUGCACUACAGACAUUUCCCAAGUUCCGAGGUGCCCCGUGACGAGCCGGGCCUGACCGAGUGGCUGUACGAGCGGUUUGCGGAGAAGGAAGAACUUCUGUCCCACUUCUACUCCACAGGCCGCUUCCCUGCAGGCACCGCACGGCCAGGGGUCAGAACGACAGAUGAAGCUGUGGAGAUAACGUUUAGCCCGUGGUGGAUGUUGUCCAUCCACCUCUUCUACUUGUGUUCCACUGCUCUGCAGUGGUAUGCUGUUAGCACUAUUCUACAACGGAUCUUGUAAUAGGAUGUUUUGAAAUUUGACAGAAUGUUGUCAAAGAGCAAGUGAGAGUAAAUGUAUGACAGCGGUAAUUGAGUAUAAAUAUGUACAUUGUACCAAUCUUUUUGAGUAUCAAAAAGUUCUCAUGCCACCUGUUUGCCCUACUUUUAUCGCAUAUAGUACCUACUAGUUAUCUGAUGCAUGUUCUCUCAGACCAAUAAUACCUUUUGGCUUUUUCGAUCGCCGGCACUACUUACGAUGAGGUAUAUGUUGACAUGUCGGGUCAUUUGAUGACAUGUCUAGUCGGUAUGAGCUAUCUUCAAGACUACACAUGUAGCAUACUGUAUUUAAAACGGCAGCAGUCUCCACUCAAUAAAAAAGUCUGAAGGCGA